AGUCUUCAUUAAGUUUUUAAUUGCGCCACAUCACUCUUCAAGAAUGACUAUCAAAAUAUUUUCUGUAGUUUUCUUACUUGCGAUAACUUUAAGACAAUCUCAAAGCAGAGAAGUUUGCGUGCCUUUGCCAGACUGUUCAUUGGUAUUGUGUGAAGGACCCCCAGAAAAUUGUGAACCCAUAAACGUUCCUGGCCAAUGUUGCCCAGACAUUUCACACUGCAAAAGAUGUCUCGUUGAUGGAACUUAUUACGAGGAUGGAGAAGAAGUUCCACAAACAAAUCCUUGUCAAUUCUGCACUUGCUACAAUAGUGAACUUGUUUGUGCAAUAAUUGAUUGCGCACGACCUCCGCCAGGUUGUGAAGGUGUAAUCGUUCCAGGUCAAUGUUGUCGUGACUAUUCUAAUUGUGGACUCAAUUGUGCUGCUGUUUCGUGCUUGGCACCGCCCGUAGGAUGCGAACCAAUUGAAGUUCCUGGUCAAUGCUGUCCUGAUAUAUCUCAAUGUAAAUAAAGUUUCUUCAAUAACAGAAAAUUAAAUCCUUCAGCCAACAAUUUGAGUGUGAGGUAAUGUGAAGCAUUCCAAAAUUAUUGAAAAUAAAUUAAAUUUUCUGCAGAAAACAAACGAAAA